AUGAUUCCUUUUAAAAGGUCAAAAUUCCCCAAGUUGACUAUAAUACAGAAAUUGUGCUUAUUUUUUAUUCUUCUGACUCCUGUUUUGCUGAUUUUAAGCAAGUCCCUAUGGAUUUUAUUGUUUUUAGUAAGAUCGGUUAGUAAUUUACAUGUGGUUCCUAAUUUCUCAUGGAAACUUCAGGAAUAUAAUCCAGUGAAAGUAAAUGACUACUACAUGGAAAAAUCACAAAAUGACUCAAAAAAUCCUAUGACUAAAAUAUCUAAUAAUCUCUACAAUACAUUACACAUAUAUGACUAUAUUAUCAAUGAACCUGAUAAAUGCAAGGAGAAUGUUCCAUUUCUGGUUCUGCUUAUAACUGUAGAAAGAUGGCAGCAAGAGGUACGUCAAGUGAUAAGAAAUACAUGGGCGAAAGAGGAUCUCUUGCCAGGAGUCAGGAUACUUAGGUUAUUUUUCUUAGGUAAAGAAAUGAAGCCGAAUACUGAAGCUCAACAGGACAUUUUACAGGAAAGUGAGGAAUUUCAUGACAUUAUCCAACAAGAUUACUUGGACUCGUACAAAAACCUCACAAUUAAAACAAUUAUGGCCAUGAACUGGAUAACCACAUACUGUCCCAACGCCUUGUAUGUAAUGAAAAUAGACAGCGAUGUAUUUGUUAAUAUUGGGUAUUUGGUCAACAAGCUUCUGAAACCAGAUCAAGAACCCAAAACAAAUUAUAUUACAGGAUUUUUAAUGCUAAACAAUUUACCCAUUCGGGACAGAGAUAGUAAGUGGUAUGUGUCACCAAAUCUAUAUCCUUACAAAAAGUAUCCUCCAUUUUGUUCCGGGACCGGAUACGUGCUCUCAGGAGACCUGGCCCGCAAAAUAGUCAAAAUCUCUCCAAGCGUUAGAUGGAUACACCUGGAGGAUGUGUUUAUUGGUUUGUGCUUGGAUAAGUUAGGAGUUCAGCCAGUGGCUCCACCUAAAACAUCUGAUUUUAAUAUCUGGUAUGUGGAGUAUUCAGACUGCGAAUUCCACAAUAUUGUUACAUCACAUUACGCGAGUCUUGGGAUGCUACAACAUUAUUGGGACAGACUAGAAAGGACUAAACAUCUUUGUGCGUAA